AAACCGUAAAUAGUAAUAACAAGAUAUCGGAUGAGGAAAUGUAUGAUGAAUUAUUAAAACGGGCUCAACGUGGUAAAUUUGACCAAAAUGAUAUCCCAAAAGUAUCUACUAUUAAUAAUUGGAUUGCAACAUUUAGUU